AUUUGCUUGAUUGUUGGGUUGGGACUCCGGGAGGGAGACUUGGAGCUCAGAAGAGAGGGGUGACUUUUCUUUUAACCGCAACCUACUACAUACUCUUGCUGAAUACCAUCAUGCUGGCUUUUCCCAUCAUAGCUCCUCAGAUAUGCUCACUCCGAUCUCACUUGAUCACCCAAACACCAAAACUCACCAGAAGCUCGAUCACCAACAUCUCAAGAGUAUCUAGACAGCCAGUCUGGUCAGACUCGAACUGCAAUCGAUUUCUUCAAAGUAACAAGCUUAGAUUCCAGAAUGACUUGAAGAGUUACCCAACAACUCGAGCCUCAAUCCCAAGACAAUCAUUCUCAAGGACCAAGACCUCAGUCGGCAUACUCCUAGCGAUCACCGGAUACCAACUCACGAAACCUGCGAUCCAACUCGAUGCGGCGCUUCCUCCCCCCAAAUUUGAUAAUCAACCGCAACAGCCAAUCGAGCUCGAGCCAGAAGAAUUUUCAAGUCUCUUGAGCGUCCGCAAACUCUCCUUCGGUACUCUUACCGGCAUCUGUGCUGGCGUGUUCGUUAAGAAAGGUCUCAAUUUCUUGGCUUUCUUGUUCGGCGGUGGAUUCGUUCUGCUUCAAUAUUUACAUUCAAGUUCAUUGAUCAAAAUCAAUUGGAAGACGUGGGCUAACCGAUACGAGUCCAAGUUCUGGUCGGCCAAGGAGCCGCCGACCAAGUCGAUCGUCGCCAGGUUUCUGGACUUCUUGACGAGCGAUUUCCAGUAUCGAAGUACUUUCACCGUCGGGUUCUUCCUUGGGCUUAGGAUCGGUUGAAUAUCCUACACACUUGACCUCAAAAUCCUAAGUAUUCAUGGGAUAGAUUACCCUAUGAGAUAGAUACGGAAAUUCUGUGGAACAAACCAUCAUAUUUAUUGUAGAUUUUUUAUCAAUUCUUUGAACAAAGUUGUCCGAUGUUAACUCGAUAUGUAACUUUGUAGACAGGCAGACAGAGACAGUUUCACCUUUGGUUUCCUGAAAAUUGCAACGGGGCCCCAGAGUGUCUUUGAAAUCACUUUGCAACCCCAAUGAUACAAUUUAUCACAACGAAAUGAUUGAUUAGAAAUUUACCUUUUCUGAGUAGCAGCCUACCUUUGAUGCUGUCACGUUAACUAGCAAGCCGUAAUACUUUGACUCGAUCUCUUCCGUGGUUAUACCAACUUGACUUCCGUUAGUCAUUUCUUUCAGUCCCAGCUAUAUCCUCUAGCAAAACAUUACAGAAUCCUCUCAAAAAGUC